AUGAAUGGAAAUUCAUGUGUCCAAAAGCCUCAUACUUCAACAUAUACAUAUUUUAUUGAUAAUACUCGAAUUUCACAUCAUCAAUGGGCUGUUAUUGGUAUUCGUGAAAUAAAAGAAUGUAAUCACGAUAAUCUUGAUGAUAAUAAUAAUUGGCAAUCAGAUGGAUUAAAACUGAUGGCAAUACCACUUAGUGAUAAUAACCGACAUGAUAAAUAUCUUUAUCAGUUAGUAGUAUUUACAAGAAUGAGAGCAAAUGCUGGUACAAAAUCAAAAAUUGAUGGGACAAUAAAUGCAGCAGAUAAACUAGAAAAAAUAGAAUUAAAACAUGUUCUCUCUAAAAAUGCUUAUCGAUCAAUGGCUGAUAAUCAUUUAUGGUUUUCAAUUUUUGCUUAUCAUUUACCUUCAGCUAAUCGUUUUACUCGUAUACAACGAUAUACAUGUUGUUUUGUACUACUUUUUUAUGAAUUUUCUUAUAAUAUUCAAUAUGAUGAUUCAAAAAUACAUCGAUGGCUUGGUUUAAUUCUUGCAAGUUUUUAUGCUGCUGUACUUCUUACUCAACCAUUUAAAGUACUUGCAUUAGCAUUAUUAUUUAUAUGUUUUUGCCGAAAAAAAUCUCCAGUUGAAGCUUUUAUUAAACAAGAAGAUUCAGUUGAAGAAUUUACUGUUUCAAUUGAAGAUUCAGAUCGAAAAUUUCUGUCAAAAUCUCUUUUAGCUAAAACUCAUCGUGAUCUUCAUCGUGCAAAACGUGAAAGAGCAGCAUUAAAAAAAUUACGUAAAUUCGUUUGA